AUUCAAUUUUUGCGGUUAUGGAUCAUAUUGAUAUCAAUUAUACAGAGGCUAAUAUAGAAAAACCCAACUUAUAUGAAGGAAAGAAAUUUUCAAACUGGAUUAUUUGCAAUUCAUUUUUGGACAAAUGGAGUAAAAGUAGAGGUUUUAAAAUAAUAAAAGAUCGCAUAUUCAAAGAUAGUGAUAUUGUUUGGAGAAGAAGCUAUAUUUGUGAACACGAAAAAAAAUAUAAAUCAAAAUUUAAGCAAAAAACAUUUACUAAAAAAAUUUUAUGCCCUUGGCAUUUAAAUGUAUCGUAUCCAAGUAACGAUGGAGAAAUUACUAUUAAUAUAAUUGUAAAUAAACAUAACCAUGAGUUAAGUAUAGAAAGUAUUCAAUUUCAGCAAAAUAAAAUUUUCAAUCAAGAUAUAUUAGAUGAUAUUAAAUUUAUGACUAAACACUGUAACAUGG